CUAUUUCAAUUAUAAAUUGUUACACUUUAACAAACAGUCAAAUCUGAGUAACUUAUUUAAUUGUAAGCCUAGUUGAUUGUUACAGUUAAACAGAAAAUCAAAAUGAUUUGCAAAAUUGUGAUCGCUUUCAUCUCACUUGUUGGUUUGGCCUCAUGUCAAAUCUACGAUAUUGGUACAUGUCCACUUGACCAGAGUCCAGCUCAAUUUCAAAUGGAUAAGUUUUAUGGUAAAUGGUACGAAAUCGCAAGAGUUGAAAACGGUGUCGUCGCUGGCGAAACAUGUGUAACUUUCAACAUCUCAUCUCAAACCUCCUAUUUAUCUGGACAUCCAGUGACCCAAACUGGUUACGAUAAAACUGGUAAAUUGGAAUACGUUUACAUUGGAAAUCUUGAAACUUGGGAUGAUAAUUUCCUCUUAGAGUAUGGAGAAUAUCCCUAUGGUUUCAACAUUCUUGAUACCGAUUACGAUAAUUACGCCGUUGUCCUUGGCUGUGGCCUUUUCCCUCCAUUGGGCUAUUGGUUCCCUUUCCUUUUGGUCAGAGUUCGUGUUGCUUGGAUCCUUUCUCGAACUCCAACAAUCGAUCAUGCUCUUCAAGCUCAAUUGAUUAAAACCUUGACUUCAGGUGGAGUUGGUAAAAGUAAAUUAAUCUUCCCAAGUACCGUUAAUUGUCCAGCUAAUUAUUAGCGAUAAAAAAUUACUUAAAUUGUAAAAAAUACAAAAAUUAAAUUGUUACUGAAUUUACACUCGA